AUGUCCGACGACGCGCGCGCGGGAAGUGGGAUGACGGCGGAACAGCGCGACGCCGCGUUCGCCAUGGCUGGACAGGAGAUGGAGUAUCGCGUCGAGCUGUUCAAUCGAUUGGUCGGGGCGUGUUACGACAAGUGCAUCGAUAAAAAGUUCAAGGAGGGAGACCUGAACGUGGGGGAGAACUCGUGCGUGGAUCGAUGCGCGAGUAAGUACUGGGAGACGGUGGCGAUCGUGGGACAGAUGCUCGGGGCGCAGGGGGGGGGGCGGUGA